UCUACAAAUCCGCGGUCACACUGUUCAAAAUCAGCGCGUGGUGCUAAAAAAUUUUUGUCGCAUUAAAAAUUAAAUAGAUACCCGCAAAAUGUCCAAGCGCCGCAUUGAAGUCGGUGAGACCUAUGUCAGCAAGUCCAAGAACAGGGUUGCGGAGGCGUCCUCCACUUCGGCAUCGGCAGCGACGGUGGCAGCGGCCGCCGGCACUGUUGCACAGAUCCUGGGCGGAUUUGUGCCCAACAAGCAGCCACCCACGACGAAUACUCUGACCGGGAAGACGUACUCGCAGCGCUUUCAGAAUCUGUACAAGAAGCGUAUCGCGUUGCCGGUAUUCGAGUACCAGGCGGACUUUAUGCGACUGCUGAGCCAGCACCAGUGCAUCGUGCUGGUGGGCGAGACGGGCUCGGGCAAGACUACCCAAAUCCCACAAUGGUGUGUGGACUUUGCUGUGUCCAAGGGACGAAAGGGUGUUUCCUGCACCCAGCCCCGACGUGUGGCCGCCAUGUCUGUGGCGCAGCGCGUAUCCGAGGAAAUGGAUGUGAAUCUGGGCGAGGAGGUUGGCUACUCCAUUCGUUUCGAGGACUGCUCUUCGGCCAAGACCCUGCUGAAGUACAUGACCGACGGUAUGCUGCUCCGCGAGGCUAUGUCCGACCCCAUGCUGGAACAGUACCAGGUGAUCCUGCUCGACGAGGCUCACGAGCGCACCCUUGCUACGGACAUCCUGAUGGGCGUGCUCAAGGAAGUGAUCCGGCAGCGCAACGAUCUUAAGCUGAUUGUCAUGUCGGCCACCCUCGAUGCCGGAAAAUUCCAGCAGUACUUCGACAACGCUCCCCUAAUGAACGUACCCGGUCGCACGCAUCCCGUGGAGAUAUUCUACACGCCGGAGCCGGAGAGAGACUACCUUGAGGCAGCCAUUCGCACAGUCAUGCAGAUACACAUGUGCGAGGAGAUUGAGGGUGACAUUCUCAUGUUCCUCACGGGCCAGGAGGAGAUCGAAGAGGCGUGCAAGCGCAUCAAACGGGAAAUCGACAAUCUGGGCUCAGAUAUUGGCGAGCUGAAGUGCAUUCCCCUGUACUCCACGCUGCCGCCAAAUCUGCAGCAGCGCAUCUUUGAGGCGGCUCCCCCGCCGAAUGCCAACGGAGCCAUUGGCCGCAAGGUUGUGGUGUCCACCAACAUUGCGGAAACCUCGCUGACCAUCGAUGGUGUGGUGUUUGUGAUUGACCCGGGCUUUGCCAAACAGAAGGUCUACAAUCCCCGCAUCCGUGUUGAGAGCUUGCUGGUGUCGCCCAUUUCCAAGGCCUCGGCCCAGCAGCGGGCUGGUCGAGCCGGUCGUACUCGGCCGGGCAAAUGCUUUCGCUUGUACACGGAGAAGGCCUUCAAGAAUGAGAUGCAGGACAACACCUAUCCCGAGAUUCUCAGAUCCAAUUUGGGCACUGUGGUUCUGCAGCUUAAAAAGCUGGGCAUCGACGACUUGGUGCACUUUGACUUCAUGGAUCCUCCUGCACCGGAGACCCUUAUGCGUGCCCUGGAGCUGCUCAACUAUCUGGCCGCCCUGGACGAUGAUGGAAAUCUGACAGACUUAGGGGCAGUCAUGUCCGAGUUCCCCCUGGAUCCGCAGCUAGCCAAGAUGCUGAUAGCCAGCUGCCAGCACAACUGCUCCAACGAGAUACUUUCCAUAACGGCCAUGCUGUCGGUGCCACAAUGCUUCGUGCGUCCCAAUGAGGCCAAGAAGGCGGCCGACGAGGCCAAGAUGCGGUUCGCACACAUCGAUGGGGAUCAUUUGACGUUGCUGAAUGUCUACCAUGCCUUCAAACAGAGCAGUGAGGAUCCCAACUGGUGCUAUGAGAACUUCAUUAACUUCCGGUCGCUGAAGAGCGCGGACAAUGUGCGCCAGCAGCUGGCCAGGAUUAUGGAUCGCUUCAACUUGCGGCGCACCAGCACGGAGUUCACCUCAAAGGACUACUAUGUGAACAUACGCAAGGCCCUGGUGCAGGGCUUCUUCAUGCAGGUGGCCCACCUGGAGCGCACUGGACACUAUCUGACCAUCAAGGAUAACCAAAAUGUGCAGCUGCAUCCCUCGACAUGUCUGGACCACAAGCCCGAUUGGGUCAUCUACAACGAAUUUGUGCUAACCACCAAGAACUACAUACGCACGGUCACAGAUGUGAAGCCUGAAUGGCUGAUCAGCCUGGCCCCGCAAUACUACGACCUGAACAACUUCCCCCAAUGCGAGGCGAAGCGUCAGCUGGAGUUGCUGCAGCAGCGGAUGGAAACCAAGCAGUACCAGAAGGGAUUUUAAGGCUACCCACUGCUGCCCCCGCUGCCUUUAGAAGUAAGCAAUCUAUGGAGGAGAGGAGAUAUGGGCCAUGGUGUUUGUGUGGUGUGACAGGUCGUGAAGUUAUUGUUUGAAAACUGCUGCGGAAUGAAGUAAUCCGUUUGCUUUUUAUUGUUUGAUACAUUUAAACUUAAGCACACUUUCGCAUUAACCAGUUGCAGCAGAUAUCCACCAACUCCGUUUAGUGAAUAGUGUUAAUAAAACAAGCAACUUUUUAUAUCUA